UUAUAACAUAUUUACAAUUUAUUCGUAUUGACAAAAGUUGCCAAGAGUUCAUCUUUAUUACAAGGGUAUGAAUGAUUUGGUGAGGGAUAUAUAUAUAUAUAUAUAAAUGAAGCAUAUAUAGGACACAAACUUUUGUUGGAAAGCUUAAGAUGACUAAGAAGUAUUUGGAGUGCCUCAUUGGGAAAAUGAGAAGCUUGAGCCUUGUAUCUCUUAGUGGUUUAUUUGAUAGCUGUUAUGAUCACACUCAAUCCUACAGUUUAGGGACAAGGAUAUGGAACCUUAGUGAUAGGCCAGUGGAACUUCAGAUAAGAGUAGGAUCAAUACUGAAGAAGGUUCAUACAUUGAAGCCAGGAACUUCCAAGAGAGUGAAAAGUAAAAGCAUAUACAAAGCAUAUAUGCCUUGUAGAAGUGGCAGCAAAAGUGUUGGAUUGAAGAGUUUGUUGUAUUACUAUGAUGAGACUUGUCACCCUUAUAUUUGGAUUCAUGAUAUAGGUGGUGAUUCCUUAAGGAUGGUAAAGCAACAAUAUAUCAGCCUUGAAGAUUUGAGGGAGUCUUCUGAGAUUAGGAUCUUAAGGGAUCAGAAUAGAGGUUGCAUUUCAGUUUGUAAGAGAACUAGGCCAGAAUUCUGCUGAAUUUCAAUGUAACAUUAGUCUAUUUCAUUUCUUGCUUUUCUAUUUUCCUUUAUUGGGUGUGUUAUAAGUUACAUAACAUACAUGUCCAUUAUCAUAUGAUUAAUUCGUCAACUGAAAAGUAAGAUGGAAUUUCCUUUAUGCAUUAUCCACUUAGAGAUUUAAUAAAAGACAUUAAUAGUUAUUUAGAAA